UUACCAACUACAACAAUGGCUAGGGUGAAGAUCGGUUUGUGGACGCGGUGUAUACGGGCUCCGUCGGUCCGUGGAGCCCUCAGCAGAAGUAGUCCUCCGUGGAUGAGAGCAGGGGCUGUGCUGGCACAGUCUACUCGCCAUGUCUCCCUACAUGAGCACCACAGCAUGGAGCUGAUGGGCAGCUUUGGAAUCUCGGUACCUUAUGGAGAGGUAGCGGUCACUGCUGAUCAGGCCAAGGACAUCACACACAGACUU